AUGUUAUUAAUAUUAAUAUAGGUGGCCUUAGCUGAAAGAAUCUUCACUCCAGUCAUAAGGCAUGUUUAUGAAUAGAUUCCUCACACCUUUUAUUCUCCAAAUGUCAACUCUACACUCCUCCUACAAUAUAAUAGGUAAUCAGUAAGAAUAUUAUUAUUUAGCUAUCCAGGAGUAUAUAGUAUGGAAUUAGGAGAAAUUAUUGAUGGAAAUUAUUUUCGAAUCCAUCCUAAUGUGACUCUAGAUCCAUUCACAUUACCUGGAUGUAAUUAAUAUGAAAGAAGGUUGAUUUAUAAACAUUUAGCUAAUCAAUCAACUUAAUCACCCAAUGCAUUUUUGACAAAUAUGUACAUAGAUGAUAAUCUUGUAUUUGUUACAAGAAGUGAUAAUUCAAUUCUGACAUUCGAAAUUGUCCUUGAUAUACUUGAUAGAUCAGUAAAUGACUUAAAACUUAAAAGCAUACAAACUACUCAUGGUAGUAGUUUAGAACACCAUAUAGCAUGUUUCAAUAAAACAUGUGCUGUAUUUGGUUAGGAUUCAGCUUUUCUAUAUAAAGAUCCUGAUUUUUAACUAAUAGAUUUAGAAAAGAAUAUUUAAGGAAAAGGAAGCUUUCCAAUAAAAAUAUAUUUUGAUGAAAAAUUAAAUGCUCUUUAUUUAAUUUAUGGUACUAAUUUAGUUGAAGUUUAUUAAUUCACAGAAACAAGUCUUAUAAGAUUUACAUCAUUUACUGCAGGUUAAUAAAUUGUGUCAGUCAGAACUAAUCCUGAAUCAACUAUGUUAUAUUUAUUAGAUAAUUAAGCUGGAUUACUUUUCUAUAAGAUAUUAUCUAUAGGAGAAUAUGUUGAUACAGGAUUUAUGAUUGCAUUGAAGAAUUGUUAAUAGUUUGAUUUUUAUUAAAAUACUUUUUUUUUAGUAGCUGAAACAACAGAUAGUAUUCCAUAUGCACUUGAAGUUUUAGUAAAUGAAGAUUCAUAUUAUUUUAAUAAAAUAUAUUCAAAAGAUAUGGAUAUAUUUGAUGUUUGGGUUGGAGAACAUAUAGCAAUUUUAAUUGGAUCUGAAGUUCAUAGAGUAAUAUAUCACUCAGUAUAUAAUAAAUUUAUAAGUGAAAGUGAAACUCCAUUAUUCUUUUAAGAUAUAGAUCUUAUGAAUGUAGAAGAAUUUAGAAAGUGGGAAUCUACAUAAUAUACAAAAAAUGCUAUAGAAUAAGAUCCAUUUUCUAAGACUUCUUUUUAAUAUAAAUAAUUUUUUAUGGUAGGCAUUUCUAGCUAAUAACUUUCAAUAUUUUCUAUAAAAUCAAUUUCUCCAUGGUUAUAAUGUAAACCAAUUAGUACAAAUACUACACAAUAUUAUUUGAAAAUGAAUGCUACUAAUUGUCCUACAAAAAUAAAAGAAAAUGAUCAUUCAGCAUUCAAAUAAUGUAUAAUAAUGCAUAAUUUUACAUUGGCAGGAAAAGAAAUAUAUUUUUAUGAAUAAGAUUAAAUGACAGUAAUUAUUGGAGGAUGUGUUUUGAUGUAAUAAUUUAAUUAAUAAAAUUUAGUGGUUUUGUAUUGUUAUUAAUAAUUGCAGUUGUUUGUGUUAAAAAAUAUCUAGAUAAUAGGAUUGAAUUUUAUAUAUUAUAGGAAAAAUAACAUGUUAGACUUGAAGAAUUAGAACCUGAAACCAUUCCUUCAGAAAAUGUUAUUGUAUGA